AUUUUAUUCCUUAUAAAAAAAGAAAUUAGUUUUCUUGGAGAAGGGUUUUUCUUUUGCUCUGCAUUAAUUCUUGAUUCCUAUUCUCUGUCUUUUCAUGGCUGCUUCACGAUGGAUCAGACCUGAGGUAUUUCCUCUGUUUGCAUCUGUUGGUGUGGCUGUUGGCAUCUGUGGGAUGCAAUUAAUCAGAAAUAUCUGCUCCAAUCCUGAUGUCAGGGUGACAAAGGAGAAUAGGGCAGCAGGAAUUCUUGACAAUUUUGCAGAGGGUGAGAAAUAUAAAGAACAUGGCUUAAGGAAAUUUGUUCGUAAUAAGUCUCCUCAGAUCAUGCCAUCUGUCAAUGGCUUUUUUUCUGAUCCUAAUCUGCCAACUUCUAAUUAAGAGAGAACAAAAAAAAUUAAAUAUUUUUGUUGUUUUUUUUCAUUUGAAUUGUAUUAUGAUUCAAUUGCACAUUUGCAAGUUAUUUGAAACAGUAUUGAUUUGAUUCAGUAAUAAUAUUCAAAAUCAAUUUAUGUC